CCGAAGGGAAGGAAAAAGAAUGCCCUCUCUUAAGAAGACAGAGCAAAAGCAGCAAAACCUGCUAAGACUAAGACAAGCUAACCCAAAGAUCUACCAGUGGGACUACCGAGUUCAGUGCCUGGGGAGAAGAGCAGCAAAGCAGACUGACCAAAAUGGGGAUAAGUCUUUAAAAAGAUCUUUACAGGACUCUGAAUGGCUAAUCUGAUUGAGCAGAUGGUUGGCCCUAGGCUAGAGAGACUGUUUAGGCCACUGUAUAGGAAAGCCUAGCCCGAGCAUCUUGAUAGGGAACAUCCUUUUCCUAGAGGUGGUUUUCUACUGGAGCUGACCUUGCUCUCAGGAGAAGGCAAUGUGUCAGCCUUAGAACACAUGGCUCGGUUCACUUGCCAGUGGUAGGGGGCUUCGAAUGAUGAUUACCUAAAGCUUAGGAAAUUCCCAAGUUCACUGACAGGCUACGCAUUUGCUAUAUUUGGUAUAUUCAUCUUCCACCGAACUCGAUACACAAAAGAAAAGGGAAGACAUUCAAAAUGAGUUUAAGUCCCACUUCUCUAGUACUGAUCCUGCUGUGUCCAUGUCAGACUUGGAUCGAUUGAAGAAAAAUGACAUAUGCAAUUAACCAGACACCAUAUUCAAAAAUGAAUGGCCAAUUUUGUG